AUGAGAAACGGAUCGACAGAUGUCGUGGCGAAGAAUGACCCGCGCCUUGCGUGGUUCGUCUCCCGCAUCACGAGUUGUCUCUGCGGCAUUGAGAUCAGCGCCGUUGAGGAACUCCUCUCCGACAACGUUGCAGUAGCGACGAUUCUCGCCGUGUUUGAAAACGAAAAAGAGCCAUUCGUUGUGGUCUACACACGUGAGGGAGGCGUAAUGGAGGGAGAGAAUGGCACUAAGGUUUCUAUGGAGACACAGCUUAAAAAUACACCAAAGCUUAUGGUUACAACACAGGCAUUAGUUAAUACAAAUAUCACAGGUUCAGCCAAUUACCCACCAGAUAGGACGAGGUGCAUCUUCUUCGUUCGUGUAAAUCAUGUACAGUUAACCCCGGAAUCAGUGGGAGACUGGAAAAAAAAUCUGGAGUCUCCUAUUCACAGGGCUUUUGAGAUCUCAUGUAUGGUGGUUCCCUCAUUGGCUUCAUUUCAUAACCUUUUGAAAUACGCUUAUAGACCCAUUGUUGAGGAUGUGGAGGCGGCAGCUCGACGAAGUAGAUCGAUUGCCACUAAAAAAGUUACCAAUAAGCAUUUAUACACAGAAAUCUUAAAUUGGGUACACCGUGUGGAUAUGCAAAUGACAGGUUUUAGAAAUCAAGUUUGCGCAGAGAGACGUCUCCCAAUGCCACAAGCUCUUAUUUCUAUGGGUUGUAAUGAUUCUGGUUUAGCAUCUGCCUUAGCUAAUGAAGAUGUUAUUAAACAGAUUGAUAUUACCGUAUCUCAAUGGCAAGCAGAAAUUAGUUAUGCUAUGUCACUAGAUCCUCAGAAGGAGGGUCCAUUAGGAGAAAUUGAAUAUUGGCGUGAAAAAUAUAGUACUAUUAGUGCACUAUAUGAACAAAUUAACUCUCCAGAAGCGAAAUUUAUUUUGAAAGUAGCAAAAGAAGCGGAAUGUAAUUCUUUUCAUUUAAUUUCUACUACAAUUCAACAAUUUUUUCGUCAAUAUGCAGAAGCAAAAGAUAAUGUGAAAUUUCUUGGUACAUUAGAUCGUCAUUUCCGUACUCUUCAAGGUGUAACCCCAGGGACAGGUUCUCUUCAACCUAUAAUUGAUACCUUAUCAUCUAUGAUGACUGGUAUACGAAUGGUAUGGAUUAUUUCACGUUAUUACUGUACAGAAGAACGAAUGGUAGGAUUAUUGGAAAAAAUUGGAAAAUUAAUAGCUCAAAAAGUUUCACAGCAUAUAGAUUUUCGUGGAAUUUUAAGCUUACCCUUUACAGAAGCAAAAAAUAAAGUUUUGGAAGGACAACAGUGUUUAUUGAAAUGGAAGUCAACAUAUAUCAAUGUUCAAGAAGAAAUUAAUAGCAGUGAACGUGAACAACCUUGGAAUUUUAAUCAAAAAAGGUUAUUUGAAACUACUGAUUAUAUGUCUGACCGUUGUACAGAUUUAUUGGAAAUAAUAGAAACAAUGGAAUACUAUACCACCGUACUUGGAGCUCAAUUAAAAACGGUAUUAACUGAUACUACUGGAAUUGAACGCAUCUUAAAAGAUGUAGAAAAAGUUAAAAGACCUUUUGAGACUCUUACUUUUGAUCCUUUUGAACGUAAAACAACACACAACUGGCAGGUUGUUUUCUCUAAUUUUGUAAAUACCGUUGCCAAUUUGGAUCAUGAAGUUUCUGCAUUUAUUAACAAAAUAUUUGAUGAUGAUCUUCGUAGUGCCGAAUCGGCAUUUGAGCUUCUUCUUUCUUUCAAGUGUAUUGCCUCUCGUCCACAGCGGGCAGGAGAAGCCUUUGAUACCGCCUCACUUCUCUCAGAGAAGGCUGAUCGAAUUCUCGCGCAGUACUUCAGUGAAGUUGAACGGGUUCGCGCGAUCUUUCUUGAGCACUGUGAUAAUCCCCCACUCACAAAGAAUCAACCACCGGUUGCGGGUUCUAUUCAUUGGAGUACAUCACUCUUUCAACGUUUAAAGAGACCUAUUGUACGUUUUCAACAGGAAGGAAUGCUCACAACAACGAUGGGACGUCAAGUACGGGCGAAAUAUGUAGAAGUAGCUCGACAAAUGAAAGAAUACGCAACUUCUCGGUUUAUGCAAUGGAGUGAAAGAGUUCGACAAAGUACGACAGCUUCUCUUAAAAUGAAUAUUUUACGCAAAGGACCAGAUGAUACAUAUGUUACCAACUUUGAUAUGGGACUCUUUGAUGUGAUACGAGAAACAAAAUAUUUGGAUCGUUUAGGGUUUGAAGUUCCACAAGAAGCACUUAACGUGACUUUACAAGAUGAAUCUUAUCAUACAAAUGUAGAUGCACUUAAGGCAAUGUUACUUAAUUUUAAUUAUGAAUUACAAAGUGCAUUAGAAGGUCCUGAACGUGUUAUUUUGGCUAAAAAUAUUCGAGAAUUAAAACUUGCAUUAGAACCAGGAAUUCAUGAUAUUAAUUGGACAAGUUUAGGAAUUCCUGAUUUUGUAAUGAACUGUGAACGUGCUAUUACUAAAUUCCGAAAUUUAAGUCGUGAAGUACGUAAACGAGCAGAUCAUAUUCAAACACAAGUUGUUAAUAAAAUUGGUUCUUCUAAACUUAUGCCGGAAUAUGAACAAUUACUACAAACAGGCGGUGAAUUACCAGAGUUACAAGUACUGGUAGACACAAUUGAACGUCGUCGUUCAGAUCUUGUGGAUGCCUGUGUACGUGCAUACCGAACGGCGAAACCGCUCUUAACAAAAGUAGAGAGUCAACUGGUUGGAACCCACACAGGAAAAUGUCUUGCCCUUGAAAGUUACUAUCAACAUUGGGAAAAUCGUAUUUGGAAAGCUCUAACACGCAUGGUAUUAAACUCACUUGUAUCCUUUGCAAAGAUGCUUGGAUACCGUGGAUCUUCAUCUACUACAAGACGUCCUCCUCUUUUUAAAGUAAUGAUAUUUCUUACAACCGAACCUACGUAUUCACCUCCACAACAAGAAAUUACAAGUGCUUUCCAUAAAGUUCAAUCAGGAAUUAUUGAAUCUACACAACGAUUCCGACGUUGGAUGCGGGGAACAUGUAUUGAAUUUACACAAGGAGAAUUGGUACCACGACCACCUGAAGGUGAACAUGAAACACUUUUUACAUAUUAUCAAGAUAUUAAUAAUCUUCCUCAGGUAUACAAAUUACAAGCUGUUAUUAACCGUACCAUUCAAACCCAUUUAUCUUCUCUUGCGACAAAUAUUAAAAUGCUUCAAAGAUACCGUUUUAUUUAUCUUGCAGAUAAGAAACUUUCUGUUGAACAGCAAGCCAAGAGUCAAUUUCAUUGGAUUGAUUAUGAUGCGAAAUUUCAAUUAUAUUUUAAUAUGAUUGCAGAUUUUGAUGCAGAAGAUCAUACACAUGAUUUUGGAUUUAUGCGAUGUGAUGAAAAUUCUUUUUACUCUGAAUUAGUAGAACAUGUUCAUCAAUGGAUUGCUAUGGAAGGAGCACAAAUGAAUGAUACAGUUCGAGCACGUAUGCAAAAACGUCUGAAACAAAUUAUUCUUGUUAAUGAGAAUUUACAAAAACCCUGUGAAAAAAUUGAUGAUUUAAAAUUUGUAUUAGAGGUUAUGCAUGAUGCACGUGCUUCUUCUUUAGAUGUGGAACAAGAUAUCAGUGAAAUUAAAUAUAUUUAUGAAUCUAUUAUGCACUUUGGUGUAAAGGUGGAUGCUGAUGAACUAAGUCAAGCAAUGAGUCUUCACAAUUUAUGGGAAUGUACACUGGCCAGAUUACAUAAUGCUGAAAAAGAAUUAGAACCAAAGAAACUUCAGUUUAGAGAACAUACACAUAAUGAAGUGGUUAAUUUUCUUGAAAAGUGUAAAGCUGUAUUACAGGAAUAUCAUGAAAAGGGACCUGGUCGUUCUGGUAUUGAUUUACAAGAGGGGAAUCGUCUUAAAAAGGAAUGGCGAGAACAUUUAACUCAACUUCAGGCUAGACGUGAUCAAUUAACAAAAGCAGAAAAACUUUUUGGUUUACCUUUAACAAGUCAUACACAUUUACAACAACUGAAUGAAGAGUUAACAAAGGUAGAAACUGUGUAUGAAUUAUAUGAACAAUGGAUGGCUAUUCUAAGACGUUGGAACCGUAGUAGUUGGAAAGAUCUUCUUUUAGAAGAUUUACAAACUACUACAGAAGAGAAAGUGAAACGAGCACGUGUACUUGGUAAAACUUACGGUAAUGUAGAUCCUUUCUCUGAUGUUCAACAAGUUAUAUUGAAUUUUUAUUCCUCAUUACCACUUUUGGCUAAAUUAAAGAGUCCAGCACUAAAACAACGCCAUUGGAUGGAAUUAAUGCGAGUCACAGGUAAACAAUUCUCUAUUGAACAAAUUAACCUGGAUGAUUUUAUUGCUAUGGAAUUAUACCGAUUUACAGAUGAAAUUGAUAACAUUGUUGUAGGAGCAGCAAGAGAAUUAGCAGUUGAAAAGGAUAUAUCUGCUGUAAAAGAAUUUUGGGCAAAAGCUGAAUUUUCACCUGUACCGUAUGAACCUCGAAAAGGAGAUGUACGUUGUUGUGUUUUAAGUGAUACUUCAGAAAUUCAAGAAGCCGUAGAUGAUAAUAUUCUUAAAAUGCAAUCUAUUGCUAAUGUAAAAUGGGCUCAACCAUUUAUGGAUGAUGUGAAACUAUGGGAAAAGAAGUUAUCAACCAUAGGGGAUGUCAUUACGGUAUGGAUUGUUGUACAAAUGAAAUGGCAGUACUUGGAGUCUAUUUUUAAAGGAAGUGAUGAUAUUGCGAAUCAACUUCCUAAAGAAACUGCUAAAUUUAAUGAUUUGGAUAAAAAAUUUGUUCGUAUUAUGAAUGAAACAACAUCUACUCCUAAUGUGGAUAUUUCUUGUAAUGUUACUGGAAGAUUAGAUGAAUUCCAUUACUUGGAGGAAAAACUUGAAGAAUGUCAAAAAGAUCUUUCAAACUAUCUUGAAACUAAACGACGUAUGUUUCCACGAUUUUACUUUAUUUCAGAUGAUGAACUUCUCUCUAUUUUGGCAGCUAGUGGUGCAAAAUCUGUACAGGAUCAUAUGUUAAAAAUGUUUGAUAAUUGUGCAAGUUUAUUAUUAAAAAGUAGUGAAGAUGAUACUAUUUGUGGAGUAAAAUCUCAAGAAGGUGAACGGGUAAUCUUUGAUCGUCAAGUACCUGUUGAUGGAAUACCAGUUGAAGAAUGGUUACAAUCUGUUUUAGAAGAAUCACAUUCAACAUUACAUGACCUUGUUAAAGCAGGUGUUUAUUAUUAUCCACGUAUGAAACGUUUGGAAUGGGUAAAUAAGUAUCAUGGAAUGGUUACACUUACUGGAGCAAAGAUUUGGUGGACAUUUGAAGUAGAAGAUGCAUUUAAUGCAGUAAAAAAAGGUAAAAAGAGUGCUGUAAAAGAACUUUCUGGAAAACUUACACAACAAUUAAUUGAUCUUGUAGGAGAAAUGGAUAGGGAUAUUGAAAAACAAUACGCUAAAAAGAUUAAUACACUUAUUAUUGUAGAUGUUCAUGGACGUGAUAUUGUUGAUCGUUUUGUACGAGAUUCUGUAACAGAUGCUCGGGAAUUUGAUUGGGAAUCUCAAUUACGAUUCUACUGGGAACGUGAAGGAGAUACCUGUAUUAUUCGUCAAUGUACUGGUAGAUUUAAUUAUGGUUAUGAAUAUAUGGGAUUAAAUGGUCGUCUUGUGAUUACGCCAUUAACCGAUCGCUGUUUCAUGACAUUAACUCAAGCCUUAUCUUUUUACCUUGGUGGAGCUCCUGGAGGACCUGCUGGAACUGGCAAGACGGAAUCUGUAAAAGAUCUUGCGAAGGCGUUGGCGAUUCAAUGUGUUGUAUUUAACUGUGGUGAGGGUCUUGACUACAAGGCGAUGGGAACCAUCUUCUCUGGUCUCUCGCAAACUGGAUCCUGGGGCUGCUUUGAUGAGUUCAACCGUAUUGAACUCCCUGUGCUCUCGGUGGUGUCGGAGCAGCUGCGCAGCAUUCAAAGUGCCCUCAAGACGGGCGAGUCGGAGUUCUUCUUCGGCGACAGCACCAUCCGCCUCGUGCCGACGGUGGGGGUCUUCAUCACGAUGAACCCCGGGUACGCCGGCCGUGUGGAGCUGCCCGACAAUCUCAAGGCCCUCUUCCGCCCAGUGGUGAUGGUCGUGCCGGACAUGGAACUCAUCGCGGAGAAUAUGCUCUUCUCGGAGGGAUUCACCACCGCACGCGAACUCGCAAAGAAGAUGGUUACGCUCUACCAACUCGCACGGGGACAGUUGUCCAAACAACAUCACUACGACUGGGGUCUGCGUGCAUUGAAGGCAGUACUCGUCAUGGCCGGACAACUCAAACGUGGGGCCCCAGAACUUACAGAGGAAUCUGUGUUAAUGCGAGCAUUGCGAGAUAUGAAUACACCAAAGUUUGUUGCAGAGGAUGAACCACUCUUUAAGGGACUUAUUGGAGAUCUUUUCCCAGGAUUAGAUCCAACAAGGGCUCCACAGGAAAAUCUCUCACGUGCUGCAAAGAAAGUUUUUAAAGAGAAAGGAUUCUUUGUGGAUGCCAAACAAGUGGAUAAGGUGGUACAAUUGUAUGAGACUAUGCAAACACGACAUACUUCUAUGGUUGUAGGUCCUACUGGUGGAGGAAAAUCUACUGUGAUUGAUUGUCUUUGUCGUGCACAGACAGAUCUUGGAUUACCCACAAAGAUAUAUAUUAUUAAUCCAAAGGCACAACCAACUACUGUACUUUAUGGUGUUAUGGAUCCAUUAACCCGAAGUUGGACGGAUGGUAUAUUUUCUAAUAUUUUCCGUUCUAUUAAUCGUCCUAAUGAAGGUAGUAGUCGUGAACGUCGUUAUGUGGUUUUUGACGGUGAUGUAGAUGCUAAAUGGGUAGAAGAUAUGAACUCUGUUAUGGAUGAUAAUAAAUUAUUAACACUUCCAAAUGGAGAACGUAUUAGACUUCGACCUACAAGUUCUCUUCUUUUUGAAGUUGGAGAUCUUCAGUAUGCUUCACCUGCAACUGUUUCACGUGUUGGUAUGGUAUUCCUUGAUCCAGUAAACCUUAGUUGGCAACCUUUUAUCUAUUCAUGGAAGAUAAGGAGACCUAAAGAUGAAGUGGAAACUCUUAAUGAAUUAAUUGAUAAAUAUGUAGGACCACUUGUAGGUUUUAUGUUUGAUGGUCUAGAUGGAGAUUCAGUAGUAGACCCACCAAAACUUGUGAUUCCAGCUACAGAUCUUAAUAUGGUUCGACAACUUACUACUAUGUUAGAUACAGUUUCUCCACAACGUGUAGCAUUAGAACCUAAAGCAUUACAAUGUGUUUUCCUCUUUUCUUGUGUUUGGAGUUUUGGAGCUUUAAUUGCUACAAGUCAAGAUCGACUACGUUUUGAUAAAUUUUUAAAGAAAAUAAGUGGAUGGAAUUUACAGGAUGUUGGUGAGAAUUUCUUAACUCGUUUUGUGGGUAGUGGAUCUUUACCAGAACGUAAAACACUUUAUGAUUACUACUUUGAUCUUGAAGACAAUCGAUGGAAACCGUGGCAUAUACUUGUUAAACCUUUUGUACGGCAACCGAAUUCGAAAUUUGGUUCACUUUUAGUUUCAACUGUUGAUACAGAGAGAAAUAUGUGGCUAUUAAAUAAGAUUGUUCUCAAUCGUACUCCAGUUAUGCUUGUUGGAGAAAGUGGAACUGCAAAAACCGUAACGAUUCAAGCCUAUCUUAAACAACUAAAGCAAAGUUCACUAGAAAAAGGUGCUGUUUCAGAUGAAGAGGUUCAUUUAGAAGAAAUAUUACUUGAAUUAAACUUUAGUUCUAGGACUACGAGUCUUGAUGCACAACGUGCGAUGGAAGAUAAUAUAGAGAAACGAACACAUACAGUCCUUGGACCCCCUGCAAAGAAAAGACUUGUCGUAUUUGUAGAUGAUGUUAACAUGCCCAAGGUGGAUUUAUAUGGUACACAACAACCAAUUGCCUUUUUGAAAUUACUUAUUGAACAUCAUUCAUGGUAUGAUCGAAAAGAUUUACUUUUCAAAAAUGUACGAGAUACUCAAUUUGUUGCUGCCAUGGCUCCUCCAGGUGGUGGUCGAAAUGCUCUGGAUCCUCGUUUUGUUUCACUAUUUACAGUAUUUAAUAUUUUAUUCCCAUCUGAUGAAUCUAUUUACACUAUUUAUGGACAAAUUCUUCGUGAUGCAUACAAAUCUAUGGAAAAGGAAAUAACAGAAGUUCCAAAUACUCUUACGUCCAUGACAUUACGUUUAUACCAACAACUUGUUACUGCUCUUCCUGCAACACCUACGAAAUUUCAUUAUAUUUUUAAUUUACGUGAUUUAUCACGAGUGUAUGAAGGAUUAUGCCGUGCUACCCCAUCUAAGUUUGUUGAAACUAAAGAUAUUGUAAGACUUUGGUGUAAUGAAAUUACUCGUGUAUUUGUGGAUCGAAUGUCAGAUCAAAGUGAUAAGGAAUUUGUUUCCAAACUUAUUCAUGAAGAAAUUUCAAGUAAUUUCCCAGAUGUGGUAGACUAUGCAGUGGCAGAACCAUUUAUGUUUGGAGAUUUUGGAGAUUUUGAACCCGAUAGCGAGUUGGAACGUUUACAUAUUUAUGAAGAUUUUGGUGCUGAAUAUACAAAGGCUCGUACUCUCGUUGAAUCUAUAUUGGAUGAUAUCAAUACACCAACAAAGAAAAUGGAUUUGGUUAUGUUUGAUAUGGCAUUAGAUCAUUUAUUACGUAUUACUCGUGUUAUUUCGCUUCCACGCGGAAAUUGUUUACUCGUUGGUGUUGGUGGUAGUGGUAAACAAUCCCUUACAAAAUUUGCAUCUGCUUUAUGUCAAAUGGAUGUUUUUGAAAUUGUGUUAUCACGUAAUUAUAAUGAAGAUGCUUUCCGUGAAGAUCUUAAACGACUUUAUGCUCGUGUUGGUGUAGAGAACAAGAAAGUAGUUUUUCUCUUUAUGGAUAGUCACGUUAAAGAGGAAGGAUUUCUUGAACUCAUUAACAAUAUGUUGGCUUCUGGUAUGGUGCCUGCACUCUUCGCAGAGGAUGAGAAGGAACCACUUUACAACAGUGUGGCUGCAGAAGUGGAGGCGAGUGGACUUGCACCUUCAAAGGAUAAUAAAUGGACCGCAUUUGUUUCUCGUUGUCGUGAUAAUCUUCACGUUGUUCUUUCUAUGAGUCCCUCUGGUGAUGUACUUCGAACGCGUUGUCGUAACUUCCCAAGUCUUAUUAAUAAUACCACUAUUGAUUGGUUUCAAAAAUGGCCAUCGCAGGCACUUGAGGCCGUUGGUACACGAAUGUUGCAGGAUGAAGAUUUACCGGAAGAGUUAAAACGUACUAUUGCCAGUCAUGCCGUUUAUGUUCACAUGACAGCAGAUGAACUCUCUGCACGUUAUCAAGCCGAGUUAAAACGACAUAAUUAUGUUACACCAAAGAAUUUCUUAGGGUUUUUGGCAAAUUACUCUAGACUUCUUAUUACACGUCGAGAAGAAAUUGAUGAUUUGGUAAAUAAAUUUGCAAUUGGUCUGGAGAAACUUGAUCGUGCUCAGGAGGAUGUAAAAGUUCUACAAGAAGAACUUGCAGAGAAGGAAAUUACAUUGCAUGAAAAACAGGAAAUUAAUGAACGUAUGACGAAUGAAAUUAAAGAGCAAAAAACAAGAAAUGAGAAACGUAAAUCAGAGGCUAUAGCAAUGGAAGAAGCUCUUAGUGUACAAAAUGCUGAAAUUGAAAAGGAAAGUGCAGAAGCACAAGAAGUAUUAGAUCUUGCAAUGCCUGCUCUUGAAGAGGCUAUGGAGGCGGUUAAACAUAUUAACCCAAAGAGUAUUACAGAGUUGAAGUCCUUCGCGAAACCACCCGUCAGUGUUGUGGCAGUCGUUCGUAUGGUUUGUGUUGUGAAGGGUGUACCAGCAACGUGGGAAUCUGGAAAGAUUAUGAUGGGACAGAAUGACUUUAUUCGAUCAUUAAUUGAUAUUGAUUCUCUUGCACCAACAUUAAAUCAAGGUAAAAUAAAUGAAAUUAACAAGAUUUUAAAAGAAUUUCCUGUUAAUUCAAAUGACUUGAAAAAAGUAAGUUUGGCCGCUUCUGGUUUAAUGAUUUGGGUUGAGGCUAUGAAAGCCUAUUGGAAUACGGCUAAGGAAGUGUUACCUAAACAAGCACGUGUGCGGGAACUACAAGAGGCUAAGGCAAACGCUGAACGACAAUUAAGUGCAUGUCAAGAAGAGAUUGAGGAACUUACCGUAAGUCUUCAGAGACUUGAGGAACAACUUGAAGCAGGAAUGAAUGAGGCAAGACAAUUACAACAAGAAAAAGCUUUAAUGGAACGUCGUCUAAACGCUGCUAGAAAAUUAUUGGAUGGUUUUGGUUCUGAACGUGUACGUUGGGCACAACAGAAAUAUACUUUAGGAGAUGUACGUAAUCGUCUUGUAGGUGAUUGUUUAGCAGGUGCUGCCUUUUUAUCAUAUCUUGGGGCUUUUACUUUCCAAUAUCGACAGGAAGCACUUGAGACCAUGUGGCUUAAAGAUAUUCGUGAACGUGAUAUUCCUCUUACAGAAGAUUUUGCAAUUCAACGUCUCUUAACAGAUGAAGUUUCUAUUUCCCAAUGGGCUAGUGAUGGUUUACCAUCAGAUGAUCUCUCUGUUCAAAAUGGUAUUCUCACUACCAUGAGUACGCAAAGUCUUGGAAAAGGUAGAAAAGCAGGACGUGUAAGAUUUCCUCUUUGUAUUGAUCCUCAAAUGCAAGCUGUUAAUUGGAUUAAACGACAACAUAAUUCUAAUCCUCGAUUUGAAUGUGCUUCUUUUAGUGAUUCAGAUUUCCUUAAAAGGUUAGAAUUUGCUAUUCAAUACGGUAAUCCAUUCUUAUUUGAAGGUGUGGAUGAAUUUAUUGAUCCUAUUGUAGAUUCUGUGCUGGAUCCACAAUUCCGUGAAGACUCUGGUCAACGAGUUAUACGAAUAGGUGAUAAAGAUAUUGUAUGGGAUCCUAAUUUUAAAUUAUAUCUUUGUACAAAAUUACCAAAUCCAGAGUACCCAGCUGAAGUGUUUGGAAAAACAAUGGUGAUUAACUAUGGUGUAACAGAGGAUGGUCUUGAAAGUCAAUUGUUAAACUAUGUUGUGGCAAGUGAACGUAGUGAUUUACAACAUCAAAGUGAAGAACUUGUACAAACUAUGGCUGAAAGUCGUGCACAACUAAAAGAUCUUGAAGAUACUUUAAUUCGUGAACUUACUUUGGCAACUGGAAAUAUUCUUGAUAAUGAUGAACUUAUUGCUACAUUAGAAAAUACCAAAAGUAGUGCAACGGAGGUACAACAAAAACUUGAACAAGCAAGAGAAACUGCACGUGUAACAGAAAUAUCUAGACAAGAAUAUCGUCCUGCCGCUAGAAGAGGUGCUGUUCUUUAUUUUGUUAUUUCAGAACUUUCAAUGAUUAACUCUAUGUAUGAGUAUUCUCUUUCUGCAUUUUUACAUGAUGUCUUUGGAUACUCUAUUACAAAGAGUGAUGCCUCUUUUGAAAUUAAAGAUCGUCUGAAUAAUAUUAUUCGUGCCCUUACAUAUAACCUUUAUUGUUAUGUUUGCAUGGGAAUAUUUGAAAAGGAUAAAUUAAUGCUUUCUUUCCAAAUGGCAAUUCGUCUUCUUUCACAAGAAGGUCGUUUGGAACGUAAUGAAUUAGAAUUCUUUUUACGUGGUUGUGUUUUGGCAUCAAAAGAUUAUCCACAAAACCCUGUAGAUUGGUUAACCGCACGUCAAUGGAAUGAUAUUUGUAGACUUACCACUACAUGUAGUGUUUUCUCAAAUCUUUGUAAUGAUGUAACAAAUAACCCAGAGGAAUGGCGUAAUUGGUCAUCAUUAGAUCGUCCUGAAGAUCCAACUAAUAUUAUACCUUGUGGAUAUAGUGAACGUAUUACUGAAUUUCAACUUCUUUGUCUUCUUCGUUGUUUCCGUGUGGAUCGUGUCUAUACCGCUGCUACAAACUUUAUUAGCAAUUGUGAUCUUCUUGGAGAAAAAUAUGUUAUUCCUCCAAUUUUACGUUACAAGGAUGUACUGGAUAAGAGUUCUGCUACUGCACCUAUUGUAUGUAUUGUUUCUCCUGGGGCUAAUCCAACUGAUGAGAUUAUUAAAUUAGCUACAAAAGAAGUUGGAAUUCAAAAAUUACGAUCUAUUUCACUUGGUCAAGGUCAAGGAGAAGAAGCAAUGAAACUUGUUGAAGUAGGUGUUGUUCGAGGUCAAUGGGUUCUACUACAAAAUUGUCAUUUACUUACGAAAUGGAUGAAAGAACUUGAAAAAUUUAUUGAAAAAAUGGAUCAAUCACCACCAUUAGAAGAAUUUCGUUUAUGGUUAACUACAGAACCUAGUAAAGAAUUUCCAAUGGGUAUUUUACAAAGAUCAUUAAAGGUUGUAAAUGAACCACCAAAUGGACUUAAAAUGAACAUGAAGAAUACACUUUCUAGGGUAACAGAAGAUCAACUUGAAGCAUGUAUGCAUAGUGCUUUUAGACCUUUGGUAUUUACAUUAGCCUUUUUCCAUGCAGUUGUACAAGAACGUCGAAAAUACGGUAAAAUUGGUUGGAAUGUUGUUUAUGAUUUUAAUGAAACUGAUUUUUCAGUUUCUAUGCGUCUUCUUGAUACAUACUUGACGAAAGCUUAUCAAAAUAAUGAUCCUAUUCCAUGGGAUACAUUACGUUAUCUUGUGGGUGAGGCUAUGUAUGGAGGUCGUGUUACUGAUAGUAUGGAUCGACGUAUAGUGAAAACAUAUCUUGAAGAAUAUUUUGGUGAUUUCCUCUUUGAUACCUUUCAAUCAUUCCAUUUUUAUAAAAACGAUGAGGUGGAUUAUUGUCUUCCUCCAGACAGUACAGAUCCAAACAAACGGGUUACAUUACAGCAAAUGUUGGCUCAUGUGGAAUCUCUUCCAAAGGAUAAUACACCAGAAGUAUUUGGUUUACACCCUAACGCCGAAACGGGAUAUCUACGAAAUGCGGCAGAAAGUAUGUGGUUAAGUUUGAUUGAAUUAAUGCCUCGUUCAGGAAAAGCAGCAGCUAGUGGUAGUGAAUCACGAGAAGAUGUCUUGUUAAAACUUGCAGAAGAUAUUUUAUCACAGAUACCUGAACCUUUAGACCGUAAGAGAAUUAUGAGAAAAGAAAAAGAACGUGCACAGGAGAAAGGGUAUAGUAAUUUACAACCUACUCAAGUUGUUUUAUUACAGGAGAUAGAAAGAUGGAAUAAAUUAGUAGGAGUAAUGGUUUCAUCUCUUAAAGAGUUACAAAAAGCUCUUUCUGGUGCUAUUGGUAUGAGUAAUGAACUUGAUGAACUGGCGUCUUCUUUACAUAAUGGUCUUCUUCCAGCUUCAUGGAAGAGAUAUGCACCAGCAACACGAAAGAAUUUAGGACGUUGGUUAGCACAUUUUCACAGACGCUGUAAACAAUACACAGAUUGGGCCAUGAAUGGUGAACCUAAAUGUAUGUGGUUAUCAGGUCUUAUGGUACCAGAAUCAUACAUUUCUGCACUUGUUCAGGUUACUUGCAGACGGUAUAAAUGGCCUUUAGAUCGUUCCUCUGUGGUCACAACAGUGACUUCUUUUAUGACCCCACAAGAGGUGCAGGAACGACCGAAGGAUGGGGCCUAUGUGACAGGAUUGUACAUUGAGGGUGCACGAUGGGAUACGAAGAAACAUGUUCUUGCGCCACAGAGGAAGAAGGAGUUAAUUUCAGAAAUGCCGGUAAUGCAGAUCGUUCCAACAGAGUCUUCAAAGGUUAAUUCAGUCUCUGUAUUUAAGACACCCGUCUAUGUUACUUCUGACCGACGUAACGCGGCAGGUGUGGGUCUUGUUUUUGAGGCUGAUUUGGCUACAGAUGCUCACGCAUCUAUCUGGACACUAGAAUCCGUCGCACUUAUCCUCGACUCAGAUGAUUAA